AUGUACAAAACUAGACAAGAACGAACUCCGUUUCUAGAAAACCAGAAGGAGCUGAGUCUCCCACUGAAGAUCUCCUGGAAGGAUCUAAAGUACACUGUCAGGACUAAGCUGACUAAAGUGCAGAGGGAAGUCCAAGGCGAUGGCAACAAGAUCAUUAGCAAGGAAAUACUUAAGCCUCAAAGUGGCUAUAUUCAGGCAGGAGAGGCAUGAUUUAUCAUGGGCUCAUCAGGUGCAGGCAAGACGACCCUUCUUAAUGCUCUCUGUGAUAGACUGACUAAUAAUAAGAAGAAUAAAAUUGAAGGACAGAUCACUCUUAAUCAUUCCCAUCCAGUAACUCAGAAAGAUUUUGGGAAGUAUGGUGCUUAUGUCAUGCAGGAUGAUGUCCUGUUCCCUACUCUAAGCUGUAAAGAAGUUAUUACUUUCUCGGCAAGACUCAAGCUGGAUAUCACUGGUGACGAGCUCGAUUACAAGGUGGAAGAGAUCAUCGAGGAUCUUGGCCUAACAAAGUGAAAGGACACUUUAAUCGGAGAUCAUAUGAUGAAAGGGCUCAGUGGUGGAGAGAGAAAAAGAACAGCUAUAGCUGUAGAAAUGGUGACGAAUCCAAAAGUACUCUUCUUGGAUGAGCCAACCUCAGGACUUGACAGCUUCACUGCUAAUAAAAUCGUAAAGAUUCUGGUAAAUCAAGCGAGACUCGGAAAGACAGUCCUUGCAACAAUUCAUCAGCCAAGCUCUGGUACUUUUGCACUUUUUGAUAAACUAAUAUUACUUAUGGAUGGGUACCAGAUUUAUCAUGGAAGUGCAAAGGAUUCAGUAAACUACUUCACAGAUUUGGGAUUCUCAAUCCCAACGUAUGCGAAUCCUGCUGACUAUUAUCUCAUGGAAUUUUUCGUCCCGUUCAAAAAGUCCCAGGAGGAUAAGGACAAGAUGGAUCUUUUGAUUAACAAAUAUCAGGAGAUAUUAGCACCUAGGGUGGAAGAAGAGGAUACUCCAUCAACUAAAUACCCUCAAAUCACCUAUGAGGAUCUUUCCCAGUCUUUCAAACAUGCUUCGUUUAUCCCUGAGCUGAGGGAGGUGGUCAAGAGAGCAGUCAUAAACAUCAGAAGACACCCAAUGCUUGUCAAGAUGAGAGUUGGACAAACCUUAAUGAUUAGUCUCAUGUGUUGUUUGUGCUUUUGGAAUCUUGGAUUCACUGUAAAAUCUAUGCAGAACAAGGCUGGGUUCAUCUACUUCCUAUCUGUGAAUCAGUUCAUGUCAGGAAUGUUUACUGUGCUGAUUACUUUCCUAAAUGAACGCUCUGUAUUCCUGAGAGAGUAUGCGAGUAAGACUUAUGGACUUCCCUCGUAUUUCAUUUCAAAAUCAGUGGUGGACACUCCAUUCCAGUUUAUCUUCCCAAUCAUCACAGCUUUGAUAAUAUACUUUGCUGCAGGAUUUGAAGUAGACGCAGCAAGAUUCUUCAUCUUCACAGUAGUACUUGUUGGAAUGAUCUUCUGUGGAACUUCAUGGGGCUUCUUGAUAGGAUGAGCAUUUCAGAACAUCGAUAAGGCACUUAACAGCGCCUUUUUGUGAGUCAUGCCCGUUCUUAUGUUCGGGGGAUUCUACGUCAACCUCAAGACUGUAUAUGUAUGGUUGAGAUGGAUAAGCUGGAUAUCUCCAGUGAGAUACUCGACAGAAGCACUUUUAAGGAACGAAAUUGAAAAUAACGAUAGCUACCCAGAUCUUCCCACUCCGAUUUAUGAAGCCUUUGACUAUAACCUUGGCAUGAAUUGGUCUAUCGCGAUGCUCUUCAUCCUAGGAGUAGUCCUCAGGGCCUUGGCAUACUUUGCCCUUAAGCUGACCAUUGCCAAGGUUGAAUAA